CUUUUAAAAGCAUUUUUUCAGCCGAAGAGGUUGUAGAAAAAAUGCUUUUAAAAGUAAAAAGAAAAAACAGCCUCUGAUGAUCGCUUGGCUCAGCUGGGCAUGGGGAGGGGAGCAGGGAUUUUUGCUACCGGUUCUCCAAACCACCCGCCACCAUCGCUACCGGAUCGGGCGAUCCGGUCCGAACCGGGAACAUUUCACCCCUGCUACCGGUUCUCCAGAACUUGUCAGAACCUGCUGGAUUUCACCCCUGACUCAUUUCCUAUGUUCAUGUCCAUGUUUAUACUUAUACCUGUUAUCUCGUACAUGUUUGACAAAAUAAAUAAUAAUAAUAAUAAUAAUAAGUUCCGUCCCUGCAAAAACAGAACAUCUGAUCCAACUCUGGGAGUUAAAACUGUCACAUUUGCAAGCAACCAGCUCUGGAUUAUCUUCUGCCUGGAAGACGAAUGCUGCUAUCCGACAAAUAAAAUCCAUCCAUGCAUCUUAUCUCAUUGCAUCUUGCAGCUGGGGCCAAGGUUACGACAAGGCUAUAAAAGGUUGAACUCAUUGGGUUCUUCGAAAGUUAUCUUCCUGCAGCCUGACCGCGGACAAAAUGAAUCUUGCUCACUUUCUGGUCCCAGCGGCAGUUUGUGUCUCCCUUUUAGCAGCUUCGGCUAUUCCUCCCCUGCCUCGCAACCUCAUACAAUUCGGCAACAUGAUUAAAUGCACCAUCCCCGGCAGUCGACCGCUGUUGGAUUACGCGGAUUACGGUUGCUACUGCGGCUACGGAGGCAGUGGGACACCGGUAGACCAGUUGGACAGGUGCUGCCAGACGCAUGACGAGUGCUAUUCUCAAGUCAAGAAACAUCCUGCCUGCCAGUCCCUCCUGGACAGCCCCUACACCAAGAUCUAUUCAUACACCUGUUCUGAAGGCAACGUCACCUGCGAAGACGACAACGAUGAGUGUGCCGCUUUUAUUUGCGAUUGCGACCGCUCGGCAGCCACCUGCUUCGCCGGGGCCCCUUACAACGAGGAGUACAAGAAAUUGGACACCAGCAUACAUUGCAAAUGAUGUGUGAGAGGCUUCCACCGCAAGGACUUUGGCACAACUCAACGUGCGGGUGGCAGUUUUCUCGACGGGCCUCACCCGGCCGCCCGUGGAACAAGGAAGGACAGAUGGCUGCACCGGUGCAAUUUUGUUUUUAAUAUAUGUUUUUAUUUAAAAAAAACAAACGAAUCGUUUCCUGAACAAUAAAG